UCGAAAAAGCCCAUUUUUGUCCCAUUAAUCUUGUUUCAUGCUGCACUACGUUAACGCUAAGCCAUCUCAAAAUUCAAUCUUGCAAGUCAUAAACAAAGAUUUAAUCAUCAUCAUCAUCAUCAUCAUCAACAAUCGCUUUUGUUUCCCGUUAACUGAUUCCGUCAAUCCAUUGCCUUUAUCUUCCUUUAACACCAAUCAUUCAAACAUUCUGUUUAUAUUAUCAUUCAACACCACCAUCGACUUCAAUUCAAUUCAAUUCAAUCACCCAAAUGAAACAUCAUCAUUAAGAUGAGCUUUGUGGGUAGCUUGUUGGGAAUUACAGGGUUUGCUAUUGGAAUUCCUGUUGGUGUUUCAUUGGGUUUUCUUGUUUUUGGACAUACAGAGUCUACAGAUGUCAAGAGGUUUCUUAACUUGCACUUGCAGAGUCCAGUCGUUAGGCCGAUCGGAGAUUUUGAUAAAGAUUCGUUGAUUGAUAUUCUACCGGAGCUUCCACUAUGGAUAAAGCACCCCGACUAUGAACGAGUCGAUUGGUUGAACGAUGUAAUUCGUGAUAUGUGGCCUUACCUUGAUAAGGCGAUAUGUGGUAUGAUCAAAAGCAUGUGUGAACCAAUAUUUUCUGAAUACAUUGGUACGUAUUUUAUACGAUCCAUUGAUUUUGAACGCCUUACAUUUGGAAGUCUUCCUCCUAUAAUUCAAGGUAUAAAGGUACAUGAAAUGAAUGAGGACAAUCUCGUCUUUGAUCUAGCGGCUAAAUGGGCUGGAAAUCCCAACAUAAUUCUCGUUCUAAACGUUCUCUAUCUACCAAUCAAAGUUCAGUUAAUAGAUAUGCAAAUAAGUGCAUCGGUUCGGGUAACACUGAAACCAUUUGUGCCAACAUUCCCGUGCUUUUCUAAUAUUUUCGUCUCUUUAUUAGACAAGCCAGACGUAGAUUUCGGGUUGAAAGUAAUGGGGGGUGAUCUAAUGGCAAUCCCGGGACUCUAUCAGUUCAUUCAGAACAUAAUCAAGAAAUAUGUUGCUAGUCUUUAUCUAUGGCCUCAGUCUCUAGAAAUACCGGUUCUUGAUGCUUCCACUGGAGCAGCGAACAAACCGGUGGGUAUACUGCACGUGAAAGUUGUACGCGCAAGUGACCUUUUGAAGAUGGAUUUACUCGGGUCUUCUGAUCCAUAUGUUAAGCUCAAGCUUAGUGGAGGGAGGAUUAUUCCUUCUAAGAAAACUUCCGUAAAACCUAAAAAUUUGAACCCCGAGUGGAACGAAGAAUUCAAACUUACUGUAAACGAUCACAUGUCUCAAGUUCUUGAAUUACAUGUAUUCGACUGGGAAAAGGUUGGGCUUCAUGACAAAUUAGGAAUGCAAGUUAUCCCAUUGAUGGUGCUAAAACCGAACGAAAAGAAGGAGUUGACUAUUGGUUUAGUCAAAAAUCUAGAUUCCAAUGAUCCCCGGAACAGGAAGCCAAGAGGGAGUAUAACGGUGGAAUUAACGUUUGUUCCUUUUGUGGACGACACCGCGAGUCUCAACGGGCCUAUUGACCUCUAUAUGAGGAAACAAACGGUUUCUAAAAAACUCAGGAGCUCAUUUGUUAACCGAGCAGGAUUACUUACAGUGACAAUAAUCAGUGCAAAAAGCGUCGAAGGGAAACACCACAACAACCCUUUCGCUUUAGUCGUUUUCAAAGGAGAUAAACGUAAAACAAAGAUACUGAAGAAAACUCGGGAUCCAAGUUGGAAUGAAGAAUUUCAGUUUAUGUUAGAUGAAGCUCCUUUUGAGGACGUUAUUCAUAUCGAAGUAAUAAGCAAGCGAAAGCAUAAGCUUGGAUUUGGAUCUUCAAAGGAAGCUUUGGGGCAUGUUGAUAUUAAUCUAGUGGAUGUUGUUUAUAAUAGUCGUAUUAACGAGAAGUACCAUCUUAUUAACUCGCGAAAUGGGAUGAUACAUGUUGAUAUAAAAUGGAAUGCUACAUGAUGUACAGUUGCAGAUUUGGUUAUACAUAUGAGUUCAUUCUUGAAAGCUUUGUGAAAGGCUGCACAGAGAUUUGUUGGCUAUAUUAUGAUGUAAAAAAAACAUUGUUUUUGAAGUACAGAUUAUGAAUUCAAAAGGUGCUAAAAAUCAUUUUGUUUUAGAUAGUUUUCAUAGUUAUUUGUUUAUGUAAUCUUAAAGGAUUUAUCCCAUAUAAUUAAAAAGGUUCUUUCUAUUAA